AUUCGAACAGAGAAUAUGCUUUCGACAACGCUCCUCCUGCUGCUGGCUGUUGCCUGGGGCAGCGCCUAUGCUGCACCUCCCCUCGGAGGCCGGGUGGUCAACGGCACAGACGCCGUCGUAGAGGACUAUCCCUUUGUGAUCUCGUUGCGAGGUCCCACUGGCUCGCACUCGUGCGGCGGAUCGAUCAUUGCGAAGCAGUUUGCGAUGACCGCGGCUCAUUGUACAGCCGGACGGACUGCUGCUCAAUUGUCCGUGCAGUAUGGUACGACCAGUAUUGCGGCAAGUGGACCCAACGUGGUUGCCGUCAAGCGGAUCAUUCAACACGAACUCUACGAUCCGAGCAGGAACUACGCCAAUGAUAUUUCUCUGCUGCAGGUGGCAGAACCAUUUAACUUCGACUACGUGACUGUGGCGCCCGUGCAACUGCCACCUCUAAACUAUGCCACGCCACAGAUAGCGAAGGGCGGUGCGGGAACCCUCGUUGGCUGGGGCCUCGACAAGACUGGCGGCCAGGUUCAGAAGAACUUGCAGCAGGUGCAGCUGAAGGUCUAUUCGGAUGAUGAGUGCGUGUUGCGCCACAAGGGCUCCACAGAUCCACGCUACCACAUCUGCGGUGGCGUCGACGAGGGUGGCAAGGGACAAUGCAGCGGCGAUUCCGGCGGUCCCCUAAUCGAAGAUGGCAAACAGGUGGGCAUCGUGUCAUGGAGCAUCAAGCCGUGUGCUGUGGCACCUUUUCCGGGUGUCUACUGCAAGGUGGCCAACUACAUCGAUUGGAUUCAACGGAACCAAAUAAUACUGGCUUAGAUCGACAAAUAAAAACCCAUGAACUUUGAUUACUA